AUGAUGAUGCCUCGCUUCCUUGCGCUCGCCCUCUUCGUCGCGGUCCUCGGCCAAUGCGCGGCGGCUCCAUCGGCCAAGCCGAUCACGCGGCCCAUUUUGAACCCGAAAUUGCGCCAGCGUGACCUGCUCGACAACGAAGCGCUUGGCCUGCCGCGUGGCGACGACAAAUUCGACCUGCCAUUCGACAACGACAAUCUCGGCAUUCCUCGCUUUGACUCCAAGCCGAAGAAAAAUGGCUUUUAG